AUGCCGCCGAGACAGGACCCAACCAAUGGACAGCUUGCUCAAGCAAUGGCACAGCUGGCACAAGUGGUUUCCCAGCAAGUUGCCGCUGCACAGACCGCAGCACAAACCCAGAGGGAAGUUGAUGAAAAUGCCAAGAGAGUUGAGGAAGAUGCUAGAAGGGCACAAAGGGCUGAGAGGGAACUGGCGCAAGAUCAGGUCAGGAUGAGAACUAAUUUCAAUCGUCACGGACCACCUAGGUUCGAAGGCGAGUUUGAACCGGAGAAGGCUGAUCUAUGGAUCCAAGAGAUGGAAAAGAUUUUUGAGACCCUCCGUACCCCAGAUGCUGAAAAGGUGAAUUUUGCCGCCUUUAUGCUGAAGGGCGACGCUGAGUAUUGGUGGAGAAGCGCUAAGCAGUUGAUGACUGCAAAUCAUAAGGCUAUCACCUGGGAGUCUUUCAAGCAGGCUUUCAUGGACAAGUAUUUUCCCGAGACCGCUAGAGAGGAACUGGUUCUCCAGUUCCUCAGGCUGAGACAGGGGACGAUGACUGUCGGGGAGUAUGCAGCCAAGCUGGAGGCUUUAUCCAAGCACUUUCGUUUCUUUCAAGUGCGGGUGGAUGAGGCCUACCUUUGCAACAGGUUUCUGAGGGGUUUGAGGAACGAGAUCGAGAAGUCUGUCAGGCUGGUGGGGAUCAGGGUUUAUCAACAGGUGGUUGAGAAAGCCCGGGAAGUAGAGUCGAUGGAGAACAGACAGAGGGGUCGAUCCGAUAGCGGGGGGCCAAUCAGGACAAGCCAUCAAGAUCAUGCAGGACAUAGAAAAGGGAAACCUUACGAUUACCAGCAAGGCAACAAUCGAGUUACGGGCCAGAACACACCAAAUGGUGCAACCUAUGAAGGUCAGAGUAACCAAGCCCAAGGUAAGGAGGUGACUUGCUUUAUGUGCGGAAAAGUAGGUCACUACGCUAAUGUCUGCAAGGAAGACCGUAGAGUGUGCUUUAACUGCAAUAAGCCAGGACACAUGGCAAGGGAUUGCAAGGCACCAAAGGUUGAAGCAGGAGCGACCGUGAAUGCUGCAAGAGGAAAGCGUCCGGUUGAACGCUGA